AUGUCGCCCGACGACGCCGAAGAUGGGUUCCAUUCUCCAGAUCCUGACAUUGGUGAUUUGGACGAGUCAGGUAUGAUGGCUGAAGAAAAGAUCGAACGUGCUUCUAGUGAUGAGGAGAAGUCUCCUUCUGAGGGCAAUAAUGGGACAGGGCAGUCUUCGAAGCCUAACGCAAAGGACCCAGGACGGCCUCGGCGAAAGAAGGCGAGACGUGCAUGCUUUGCAUGCCAACGAGCUCAUUUGACUUGCGGAGAUGAACGACCAUGUGGACGAUGUAUUAAGCGUGGUCUACAAGAUCAGUGCCACGAUGGUGUGAGAAAGAAGGCCAAAUAUCUUCACGAUGCACCACCAGAAGUACUCGUACCAGGUUUCGCCGGUAAUUACCACGUCCAUGGCUCUCAGAUGCCCACGGUCCCAGGUGCGCUGGUCGACAAUGGAAUGCCUGUUAGCCAGCCGGCAUACUUCCAACAACCAGCUCAGAACUACCAACAGUAUCCUCAUGUCUCCCAGUCAGCACAAAUGGGGCCGUCAUUACCAGACAAUCACAACAUGGUCAACGAGUUCGCAGCCCAGCCUACUGUCGAAACACCUACACAGUAUCAAUCAACACCAAGCCAGCAAACAUCACCCGUCCAGGAUCUCACCAGCAAUGUUGACUCAAGCAAUACCUUGAACAUGGGCUCAGGCUCAUUCGACUCCGCAUUCUUCGACCCCAAUGAUACGUCCAUGUUCAACUUCAACAUAUCAGACCUGAACUUUGGCAAUCACUACGGUGCUCUGGAAUUUGGGAUGCUUGGACACAUGUCGGGUGCAGUCGGCACACCAGAAGUCGACAUCAUGAAUCCUAUGGGACAGACACAACAAGGUAGCGUCUCCUACGACGCCUCUGCAGGCUUCCCAAAUAAAUUCGGUUACACCCAGACCUUCCCGUCGUGGCAGACCGUACCUAAUGCUGGCUCGAGACAGAGUAGCGCCACAAAUUUCUGGAACAAUUCUGGUAACGCCGACGCCUUUGCGAUAGGAGAGCAAGGCUCUAUCGGCCAGAGUCCUCACUCCCAAGGCUACAGCACAUCGCCGGAAACUCAGUACGUUCAAUCUGAGCAGACUAAUACGCAAGAAUAUCUUCGGCAAAGCAUCUCCCAAGCCGCACAACAACAGCGCAAACAAGGCGUGUUCCCUACUGGGACUGCGGGCACUGAUCCUAUGUUCCGGAAACGCCGCCGCGAUACCGCUGAAAUAUACAAUGCUGUCACAGCACCAUACUCCUACACUGCAGGUUUCCACGCCCUGACCAAAUUCCUUGAGAAGCGCUUCCACACCAAAAAGGUGCUGCGCAUAGCCAAGGCACUAGCAGAGAUCCGCCCUUCCUUCAUCUCCUGCAAUCAGCACCUCAACCACGACGACCUCAUCUUCAUGGAGAAGUGUUUCCAGCGGACGUUGUGCGAGUACGAGGACUUCGUCAAUCACUAUGGCACCCCCACAAUCAUCUGCCGACGUACUGGUGAAAUAGCAGCAGUAAGCAAGGAAUUUUCCCUCAUCACCGGCUGGAAACGAGACGUCCUGCUCGGCAAAGAAGCAAACCUCAACGUCAACACUGGCGGCAGCACGGGCAACAACGCCUCCGGCACGCAAACGGGUACUAGUUCUAGGGGAGCCGCUACACCACGCGUGCCGAACCAGGCGCCGGAUCCAGGCCGUCCUCAAGCCGUCUUCUUGGCAGAAUUGAUGGAUGAGGACAGCGUGGUUCAAUUCUACGAGGACUUCGCCGAGCUGGCUUUCGGCGCGUCGAAUACGGCUAUUAUUGGCGCCGCUUGCUCGUUGCUGAAGUACAGGACUAAGGAGGAUCCUGGCUGGGGUCCUGACGACAGUGGUGUGGUCGCGGAAGACGGCACGCGUGUCAAGAAGAUGGAGGAUGCGAAGCCCGAGUCUUUGAUGCGUGGGGAGGCUGGGUCGAGGCAGCUGGGUCUGAAGAAUGGUAUGGUGGAAUGUUCGAUGUGCUGGACUGUCAAGAGGGAUGUCUUUGAUAUCCCAAUGUUGAUUGUGAUGAAUACGCCCACGAUGGAGCACAGCUUCCGCCGCACCAGAAGCCCAGAGGGCAGGAUCACGAGCUUUAUCUACAAAGCAUUGGUGGCUUGCAUGCUCGACACCCGACAUACCGGCGGGUCCGAAAUACGCUUUUGCAAAGUGUCAAGCAGUCGCCAGCAGAGCCCUGUGGCUUAA